CAACAACAACAUAAAAACAAAAUGUUAGCAAACAGCCAGAGCAAAAAACUAUUCAAAUAGUUUUCAUUUGGAUAAAACGAAAAUCGCAUUGUUGUCUGUGCAUGUGUGUGUGUGUGUGUGUGUGUGCCUCAAUCUCUAUCUGGGUGUGCGUGUCCGUGUGCGUGGGUAGCUGUGUGUGUGUGAUUGUGUGUGACGAUAUGUUUUUAUAACAUCACCUACAUAAUUCGCAGCAAGCAGCAGCAGCAACAACACAGUGAGAAGAGGCUGGAGCUGGAAAAUCAACUUGUGGCAGAAACAACAAUAAACACUCGCUCGAUCAAAUUUCACGCGUCGCCUCGCCGUCUCUUAUGUUGUUUUCUGUCUCUGUCGCACUUGCAGUUGCACACGAUCCGGCAUCACUAGCUCAUCGUUAUCGUCAUCGUUAUCAUCAUCGAGAUAUCGACUAUUGCAUCGACAGCAAUCAUCAUCAUAAGCAACAACAACAACAAAACGGAGACGCCAACUGACGUCGCCGCAUCAUCAGCAGUAAACACAACAAAAAAACAACAACACAAUGCCCAAAUGCGAUGUGAAAACCCGUUACAUUCCGGCGACUUUCGCAUGGAUUGUGCUGCUACUGACCACAUUUCUCUUCUUCUUCUAUCCCUGCCAAUACUAUGUGAAGAGCCAUCCAUGGGUGCUGGCUUAUCAGGGCGUCAUCACGUUCUUUGUGUUGGCCAAUUUCACACUGGCGACGUUUAUGGAUCCGGGCAUUAUACCCAAAGCAUCGCCCGACGAAGACUGCGAGGAGGAGUUCCGUGCACCGCUCUACAAGAAUGCCGAGAUAAACGGCAUUACCGUCAAAAUGAAAUGGUGCGUCACCUGCAAGUUCUAUCGACCUCCCCGCUGCUCCCAUUGCUCCGUGUGCAAUCACUGCAUAGAGACAUUCGAUCAUCACUGUCCCUGGGUGAACAAUUGCAUUGGCAGGCGCAAUUAUAGGUUCUUCUUCUUUUUCCUCGUCUCACUCUCCAUCCAUAUGCUGAGCAUAUUUUCGCUGUGUCUAUUCUACGUGCUCAAAAUCAUGCCCAACGUCAAACAGACGGCACCAAUUGUCGCUAUGAUACUGAUGGGCCUGGUCACCGUGCUGGCAAUACCAAUAUUCGGUCUGACAGGCUUCCACAUGGUGCUGGUGUCGCGGGGUCGCACCACCAACGAACAGGUGACUGGCAAGUUUAAGGGUGGCUACAAUCCGUUCUCGCGCGGCUGUUGGCACAACUGCUGCUACACACAGUUCGGGCCCCAAUAUCCCAGCCUGCUGAAGCCGAAGAAGUAUGCGUCACGACGGUCGCAGACGCAAAAUCAAGCCAUAAGCACCAUAUGCAACGAUCGGACCAACCAACAGACCAAUGCCGGUAGCGGUACCGGAACCGGAACCGGAGCCGGUGGCAAUGGCAGCACCGGCAGCGGCGUUGGCGUUGGGAGUGGAAUGCGCGGCACCUCGGUACAAUAUUCACCCCGCUCCUACUACGAGUCGAGUCGGGAGAAGCGUGGAAUUCAGGUAAAGACUUAUAUGGCCGAGGGCAAUGGUUAUAAUCAGCGGUCGGGCAGCACAACGCUUUAUAGUAAGUUGUCGCCGGGACGCGAGUGCUCCGAUACGGAUCUUGAGCCGCCGCCUGCCUCACAGAGUCAAGACUGCGAGCCGACGCCGCCGCUGCAGCGCCACAACUCGACCAACUUCUAUCUGCCGCAGGUGGCCGACACAGCGCCGGGCAUUAAUAUGAGCAACAUGAACAAUGGCAACAUUGCCAGCGGCGCUGGCAUUGCCAACAAUUCAUCACAAGGUGGCGGCGGUGGUGGCGGUGGCGGAGAUUCGCCGCGCCACAUUCGCAUGUAUCAUCCGCGUCACAGUCCGCAUGCGCGAACCAGGGGCCUGGAUCCGCAGCGCGUCUAUACGAGCGAUGCACUCUCGCCGGAUCAUCCCGGCGGCGUUGGUAGUGGUGGUGGUGGUGGUUAUGUCGUCAAUGGUCAGCCGCAGGGCAUAUCAGUAGCACAAGGACAGCGUGGUGGCGCCACAACGGCCACACCUACCAUGCAACAACGAAUUAAACCGCUGGGCGUGGCCACACCACUUGUCAUCGCCAGUCCAGUGAGAAGAUCGAAUCCGGGUACGCCCACGCAGCCGCGACGUCCGGACUUCAUAGGGCUCAAUGCACAGGCAGCGGCACAACAGCAGCAGCAGCAACAGCAACAACAGCAGCAGGCUGCAGCAGCAGCAGCUGCAUACUAUGAAUACACGAGCGGGCUACCGCCGCAGCAUCCGCAGGCGGCAACAAUUCAACAGCAGCAACAGUUGCUGCUGCAACAGCAACGUGUCAUGCUGCAGCAUCAGCAACAACAACAGCAGCAGCAACAACAACAAGUGCUGCAGCAACAGCAGCAGCAGCAACAAUCGCUGGCUCAGGCUGCCUAUGGGGGCAGUCCGCAGCGUCGCUUUCUCUCUGAGGGUGAGCUGGUGCGUCAGGGUGCCGGCGGUGGCGCUGAGCUUUCGUAUGCGCGCUCCAACAACACGGUGGACAAUAUACGCGAAUUGGCUGGCAGUCCGCAGCGCGGUGUCUACAUGUGGAAGGACACCUCGCCCGGCUUUAGUGGCGGUGGCGUUGGCCCGGCUACCGUUAGUAUUGGCAGCAGUGCGGGCACACUGCCAAGCAGCAACAAUACGGGCGGCGUCAUGCAGCAUGCCCAGUAUAUAACAGCCGGCGGUGGAGCCCAUCCACUUAUCAUGACACACUCACGCAUCCAGGACUAUGCCAUCCAACAGCAGCAGCAACAACAGCAGCAACAACAACAGGCAGCCGUUGCCGCCGCUGCAGCAGCUGCGUCAUAUCAUCGAUCGAAUCCCACAAGUCCAACAACACUACCGCUAACAUCCACGGCACAAACAUACAUUUUGCGUUGCAGCGGCGCCGGUGGCGGUGGCGGCAUUGCUGGCACGGCUGCAGCGUCGGGCAGCAGCGGCAGCAUUGGCAAUCUACCGGCUAGCAGUAAUGCCAGUGUUGGCACUGGGACUACUGCAACUGGUGGCUAUCAACCGCAGCUGCGCGGCGGCGUACCUGUCUUUCCGCCAAAUCCAUUGGCUGGCAUGUCAGGCAACGUGAGCAACGCGAUUGGAGCGAUGCAACCACAGCCGUCGCCGCAGAUCAAGCGCAAGCAGACGCCAACGCGUCCAAUGAGCUUUGUGCGUGCUCUGGAAAUGACCGACUCAAUGGAGAUGCAGACACUGGAACAACAGCAGCAACAGCAGCAGGUGGCGGCGGCGGCGGCGGCAGCGGCAGCAACAAUGGCCCGCAACAAUGGCGGCCUGGCGAGCGGUGUGCCCACGAGUCUGGCCCAACAGAAUGCGGCAGCAGCAGCCGCAGCCGCAGCAGUCGGACGCAAUGCAGCUGCGGCUGCCGCUGCUGCUGCGGCGGCUGCUGCUGCCAAUGCUAGUGGCACACCAGAUCGCGCCAGCAUCUACGAUAUGAACUAUGAGAUAUCUGUAUAACCCGUGGUUGUGCCCGUCGUCGUAAUGCCACCCGCCUCAGCAGCCAGCAGUGCGGUCGCCAACUCAACGGCAACCGCCUCCUCUUUCUAUGCACAGCAACAGCAGCAGCAACAACAACAACAAGAACAGCAACAACAACAGCAGCAGAAGUUGCAGCAACGAAGCAUAUUAGUUAAUGGCGCUGAGCCGGCAGCCUACGCUUCGGUGCCCAUACCCAUACCAAUGCCCAUGCCCGUCUCCGUCUCGGUAUCUGUGCUGGCAACCAGCAAGCACAACAACGGUAGCAACCAUCACCACCACCACCAGCACCAAAGUCACCUCAACAUCAGCAAGACGCCAAACAAGCGCAAGUUCUCCACGUUCUUUUAAAUCAGUAGUCUGAUCAGUCAUCCAGUCAUCCAGUCACGCCCCAGUCUUGUAUAUAGUAUCCGUGAUUAUGUUAUUAUUGAAGAUGAUGAUGACUCAAAAAGGGAUGCAGCAGCUAAAUAGGAACAUUUUUGGGUGCUGCUCGAUAUAUAUAUAUAUAUAUAUAUAUUUAUAUUU